GCCUGCCUGUGGGGGGAAAAAAGCCAAAAGGGCUGGGCUAAGAGAGGAAUCAAACCACAACCUGGGCUGCGCUUCCAUCACAAACCAGUUUGGGAGAAAGUAUGUUCUAGAGGAGAGGCUGGUGCAUAACAAGUCACAAACUGUGGCUCAAAACUCGGAUUUCUCUGCGCGCUAAACGUUAAGGAGGCAGCGUCAGAGUUUUGUAUUGGAGUCCAUUUUGAGGUGCUAAGGCUAAUAUAAUUUUCUGCAAGUGUAGUUAAUCGCGUUUGUUGUUCUGCAUUUGUGCUGGAUUUGUUUUUGUUUUGGUGUGGGCAAUGAUGGACACUUACCAAAACCCAGAGGAUGACGCAAUGGCCCUGAUGGUCCACGACACCAACACCGCGAAGGACAAGGAGCGACCGAAGGAGGAACCGGUCCAGGAAAAGGGUUCGGAGAAAACGGACCCGUCUCAAAAACCACCAUAUUCGUAUGUGGCUCUCAUUGCCAUGGCCAUCCGGGAGAGCACAGAGAAGCGCCUGACUCUAUCUGGUAUUUACCAGUAUAUAAUCACCAAAUUCCCUUUCUACGAGAAAAACAAGAAAGGCUGGCAAAACAGUAUCCGGCAUAACUUGAGUCUGAACGAAUGUUUCAUCAAAGUUCCUCGCGAGGGAGGCGGCGAGAGAAAGGGGAAUUACUGGACCCUUGACCCGGCGUGCGAGGACAUGUUCGAGAAGGGAAACUACAGAAGGAGACGUCGAAUGAAACGUCCCUUCAGACCUCCACCGACCCAUUUCCAGCCCGGGAAAUCCCUCUUCGGCGGUGAUGGGUACGGCUACCUGUCCCCUCCAAAGUACCUGCAGUCCAGCUUCAUGAACAACUCGUGGUCGCUGGGCCAACCGCCCACCCCGAUGUCCUACACCUCCUGUCAGAUGGCCGGUGGCAACGUGAGUCCAGUAAAUGUGAAAGGACUGUCCGCUCCCUCCUCAUACAACCCGUACUCCCGGGUGCAGAGCAUGGGUCUCCCCAGUAUGGUGAACUCUUAUAACGGCAUGAGCCAUCACCACCACCCGCACGCUCACCAUGCCCAGCAGCUGAGCCCGGCGACCGCUGCGCCGCCCCCGGUCUCCUCCAGCAACGGAGGUGGCCUGCAGUUCGCCUGCUCCCGCCAGCCUACGGAGCUCUCCAUGAUGCACUGUUCGUAUUGGGAUCACGAGAGCAAACACUCCGCGUUACACACGAGGAUUGACAUUUAGAGUUUACCAGAGGGCCACUUGUAAAAUGGACUCUUGUGAGAGAAAGACAAUAAGUAAAUUCCUGUGUAUUCAAAACAGAAACAAAAUUAUUUUUGAAGAGACAAUACUAUGACGGGCUCUUUUGAUCCAAAUAAUGUACUGAACAUUAAUAUGGAAAGACAUCCAAGUGGGGAUGGUGAGGGAAUUUUCAAAAACUGUAAAUUGUGAGAUUAAGUGGUCACAACUAAGCACGAGGUAGCAUAACUUUUUGUUGCAUUGGACAGAAGGCCGUGCUAUUGUAUGUUAAAUUUGUCAAAUCCGACCAGUUCCCUUUUCACGGGGAUACGAAUUCCAUGAAAACAAAACAAACAAAACCCUCUCACUGUCUUGGAAUUUUAAACAUCACCUGAACGAGUGAUAAUUGAAUUAGAACUCCUACGUAUUUGAACCAGUAUAGUGCACUGAGCGGACUCCAGCAAAACCAGGUGAAAUGUUGAUUCUUUAGCCUGUCUUUAUUUUUUUUAUUACCGUGUCACAGUUCUUACUCGGGAUGCAGGUGGGGAGAUAGAGCACCGUCAGAAGGAGCAAUACCAAAGAUGUGUUACUUCGGGGGUCAUCGACUUUUUAGGCUUCGUGACCUCUGAUAGAGAUGGUUUGGUUUCCGAUAACAUUCAGUCCAGUGCCAGAUUUUUUUUUAACCUUUCUUGUUUUUUAUAAUCGUAAUUAUUUUUGUCUCAUUCAUGUUGGGACCAUGUUAAAUUAGCACUUUUCCCUCUUUUUCUAGUAUUUUGAAUUUCUUAAUAAACUUGUAUUUCUUUCAACGUAAAACAUUGGUCAUUAAUUAAUCGUUAUUUUUGCAAAAACGGUCUAAACCACAAAUUUCAACAAUUAUCAACGAUAAUAUUAUGUUCAUUAUUAUUAUUAUUAAGUGGUCUAUCACUAAACAAAUGCAUGGCCGUUAUUAUCCGGCUUGCAACGUAGGCUUAGAACUAUACAUUCCACAGAUGAAGUUAAUUGUAAUUCUAUCCGUGAAAGUUGUUAACUUAGGUCUAAACCCGAAUGUGUAUUUUUGUCUUGAAAAUGUUCAUGUUAAAUUCCAGUUAUUUCAACAUUUUUGGCAUGUAAAUCCUUUGCGUAAAACAUCUCCAAAUAUCUGGCAGAUGCGUAAUAAGGCCUAAUACUUUUGUACAGUUUAGCUAAAGUUUAGUUUACUGGUAGUUGGUUGGAUAUUUCAGUUUUUUACACUAAAUAUAUAUUCUUCAGUUCGAAAGUAGUUUUGGAAAAUGCAAUUUAAUUCUAAACCAUUUGAACUGCUAAGCUAUUAAUUAGACCUUCAUUUGAUUCCAGUGCCAACCCUGUUGCUUAACACAUGAAAACACUGCGUGGCCUGCUCUGGGAACUUGCAUGCAUUACAACUUUUGGCCAAAAUGAAAGCGUGAACUUCUGCUUUAUCUGAAUAGUCUACAUUCAUUAUUAGAGUUACAAAAUACAUCUACGGCAACUCAUUUGUCAGCAGAGUGCAACAAUUGAAGAGAGAAAAUCAAAGAAAAAGCUGUGCGUGUUUAAGAAGACGUUGUGAACUUCAGAGGGUAUUUUGGCAGUGGUUGUUCCGAGAGCGAAUGCUUAGCAGAAACAGAUGCUGCAGAAGUUAAGGGUCGCCAUCCCAGUCAUUCCAUUUAAUCAUUAUCCCCAUAUGAUGUAGGCUAACCUCCAUUAUGUGUUUAAACGAAUUGUGGCUUCAGCCCAGUGAGCUUUUCCAAGGAGCAUGGAGGGCUUUCUCUGUGUGAUUAUCAACUGCUCAUGCAUAAUUGCUCAAUGGCACUUGAUUAUUAUUACUGUAUUAUUAUAAUUAUUAUGAAUGAAUAUUAUUAUUAUUGUUAUUAUGAUUAUUAUUAUGGCCUGUUAUUAUCAUUUACAAUAAGGUGAAUUUGGUGAACCAAGGAGUUUGGUCAUGGAUGAAUUCGAAAUAAUUUUGCCAUCCACCCGAAACAAAUGUUCUGUUACACUAUGUAGUUUACCAUUACUGCACGAUUCUUAUCUAACGAUUGCUUGGUUAUCAGUUGGGUUGUCCAGAUAUUCGAAUAAAUUAUCCUAAGGCA